AUGGCAGCAGCGUUGCGCCUGCUCCUUGCGCUGCAAGUCGCUUUGGCAGCAGCUGUCUUGGUCAAGGUGCAAGAAGAGGGCACUGGCAACGUCUGUGCUCUCUUGCAAUUUUCCUCACUCAAGGUGUCCGCGUCGGCCAACCUUCAUGCCAACAAUUUCAUUGGAAAUUUCGUGGCCUGCACACACUCACAACAGGACAAGAGCACAUCUGUGACGCUUACCAACGCGAGCUCAGUCAGUGUCCCACAGUGCAACCACCCCAACGCCACCUAUUUCUUCCGUGCCUUCAAUUCCGAGAGCAGCGUUGUAUUUGGCCUGCAGUUUGCGGGGGAGAACUCCCACGUCACCACCACCGUUGCUCCCUCCACCACCGCCUCUCCUUCUGGACACAACUCGACAACAACUACCACCACCACGCCCAAGGCCACCACCCAACCUAAGAACACCACCACCACGCCCAAGGCCACCACCCAACCUAAGAACACCACCACCACGCCCAAGGCCACCACCACCAAACCCAAGACCACCACCACGUCCGAGGCCACCACCACCACCACGUCCGAGGCCACCACCACCACCACGCCCAAGGCCACCACCACCAAACCCAAGACCACCACCACGUCCGAGGCCACCACCACCACCACGUCCGAGGCCACCACCACCACCACGUCCGAGGCCACCACCACUACGUCCGAGGCCACCACCACUACGUCCGAGGCCACCACCACUACGUCCGAGGCCACCACCACUACGUCCGAGGCCACCACUACCACGUCCGAGGCCACCACCACCACGUCCGAGGCCACCACCACUACGUCCGAGGCCACCACUACCACGUCCGAGGCCACCACCACCAACACCACACCUGCCAACUCCAGCUCGACAGCUGCACCUGCUGAAAAAUCAGCCGAACGCCGUUUUGCCGCCCCGAAUUUCGAAACAGUGGCCAGCUGGUCCCUGGUGAGCAUCACCAGCGCCUUUGUCAGUGCAAACGUGCAAGUCAAUGGAACGGUCAACUUUACGGAUGCUUCCACACCCAUGAAGAGCGCCCACGGCUACGGCUGGGGAUGCAACCAAUCCACGGCACUCGACUCGACCCCGGCCUCUUCCAAGUCGACCCUCUCGCUCAUCUUUGAGGACUUGAAUGUGCAGCCUUUCAAUAUUCAGCCGAACCAAAAUACCAUCCAACCAGCUCCGAAUGCGCAACUUGAUGCUUGCCCUGGCAAGAAGAACCAGGACCAUACACUGGCCAUCGUGGUUGGUGCCAUCGUGGGUGGCGUCGUUCUCUUUUCUCUCCUGGGCUAUGCCUUCCUCGGCAUGAAGCGCAAGAGUGGCUACUCAAAAGUCUAA